GGCUCAAUAUGAGGGGACUCUUUCUUUAAUUAAUUACGUUAAUUAAUUUAAACUAACAUUAAUUCAUAUUUGUUUAAAUUAAUCUAGUUAGCAAGCAAUGGAGUCCGGCCAAAUUUCUGUGGAGAUUGUUGAGCUGCCGCUUGAAAAUCCAGCUUCGGAGUCACCAACGAAGGAUGGCACUGGUGAUAAUAGUGAGGUUGUGAGGUGCUCCUCAAAUGCUUCCUUACAAUGCACUCAAAGACCACUUUGGAGACACAGUAGCUUGUUAAAGGUUAAGACUAAGUCGAGGAUGAUAGACCAUACAGUUGGAAAUUUUGUGGAAGAAGAGGAGGAGCAGGAUCAGCACAUUGACUUGGAGGACAUCAAGAGAUUCAUGGGAGAAUAUAAGGCCCAGAAGACUAUGAGUCUCUUUGAAAAAGGAUCUGAAAGCAAGGGAAUUAGCAAAUCAGCAAUAGAGAAUUGGGUGGUUAAGGCUUUUGAAGAACGGAGGGCUCUUUCUUGGACACUAAAUGAUAUUGAGACAGUUGUUGAAACACUUCACUGGGUGGCAAAUGUCUUUGUCAUUAUCAUCAUAGUUGUUGUAAGUCUCCUUAUACUAGGAAUAAUAACUGAGAAAGUCCUUAUCAUGGUUGGCGCUCAAGUUCUUUUGCUUGCUUUCAAAUUUGGAGACACUUUGUUCUUCAUAUUUAUAACACAUGCAUAUGAUGUUGGUGACCGUUGUCAAAUUGAUGACAAUCAGGUAAGUUGAUAAUCAUAUGAACUACGUCCUCAUCUAGUCUUCUUUGGUCUUUAUGGUCUUACAAUAUUAUGUUUCUCGUAUGUUUGUGGCCUAAAUUGAAUGCAAUGGAUUUCAAAUGGUAGUGAAAGAGAUUGGCAUCUUGAACACUAUUUUCUUGGGACAUGACAACAAGAAGAUCAUAAUCCCAAAUAGUGCCCUUGCUAGUAAAACCAUCCAUAACUU